AUGGGUUACCUACGGCACCAGGAGUCGCUGUCGGCGACGGGCGGCGGCGCCAAGUGCGCCCCGGAGCGGCGCCCUCGCCGCCUCGCCAAGCGUCUGCAAUUCGACGACGACGCCGACGUCGGCGUCGCGGCCUUCGACGCGCAGGAGGAGCUGCGCAACGAGCUCGAGAGGUUCAUAGGGAGAUACGAGAUUUACGAUGCGGAGGAUAGAGAGGAAUAUUGGAAACCGGCUGGGAUGAAAAUGCAAUACGUCAAGGGGAAUCUGAACUCGUAUCAUUAACAAGAUAA